UGAUCUUCAAGAAGCGUCUACAUAUUUUUGCCGGUCGCUUUUAGUUAAAUUGAAACAUUACAACAUUUCCUUAGAUAUCGAUAUUAUGUAAUUCGGUUUUAAAAUAGUUAGUUGAAGUAUAAUAUAAAUUUUAAUAAAAUGGCAAAUCCAAAAGCAUUUUUGCAUGAAUGGUGUGCAAAAAAUGGAUUGGAACCAAACUUUGAAAUCAAACAAACUGGAAAUAAAUUUGGUCAACGUUUUAUGUGUGAGCUAUCAGUAUCGACUUACAAUUAUGUUGGUAUUGGAAAUUCAACUAAUAAAAAAGAUGCUCAAUCAAAUGCAUCAAAAGAUUUUCUCUUGUUUUUAAUACGUCAAGGUGCUGUCAGUGCCGAUUCUCUUCCAAAUAAUAUAAUGAAUAAUGUGUCAUCAGGCAACAAUGUUAUGAAUUCAUCUCAACAAUUAUUAACUAACCCACCAGAAAGAUCAGUUUAUCAGUAUGGGCAAACUCCUAAUACAUUAGGAGAAGCUUAUAGACCAAUUGGAAAAGAAGAUUUUCAAUUUAAAGAUUUUUUAGCAAAUCAAGGCCAAAAAGUUGAAGAAGCUGAAAAUUUGGAUGUUAAUGCUUCUAUACAUGGUAAUUGGACAAUUGAUAAUGCUAAAUCUCGGUUAAAUCAAUUUAUACAAGCAAAUAAACUGAAACAAACAGAUUAUAAGUAUAGUUUUAUGGGAAAAAGCUUUGUUGCUGAAAUGUCAAUAUUUGUUGCUAAACUAAGAAGAAAUGUAACAGCACGUGAAAGUGGUUCUAAUAAGCAGUCAGCAUCCAAAAGUUGUGCACUAUCCUUAGUUCGUCAAUUAUAUCAUCUUGGUGUUAUAGAGGCAUAUACAGGUACUGUUAAAAAAACUGCUGGUCAAUUUGUUGAGCCAUAUGAAGUUAAUGUAAAUCCAGAAAUUUUACAAAAUGUACAAAAUAUAUUAAAAGAAUUAAAUAUUGAUCCAGUUAAAGUUCAUACUAACAAUGAUGCUCAAUCUUCAGAACCUAUUUCUCUUUUAAGCAAUCAGGUUCUUGUUGAUUUUCAAGAAACAAAAAAGAACAUUUGGACUAGUGGUGUAAUUCCAUGGUCUCCUCCUCAGCCAAAUUGGAAUCCUUGGCUUGCAAUUAAUAUUGAUGAAGGAACUAUAGCUAAUGCUACUUUAGAACAACUCAGUGAAGAAAUGUCAAGAGAUUACCUUGAAAAAAUUAAUUCUACUUGUGGUUUAAAAGAAAACAUAGAUGAACGCAGCCAAUUACCUGUAUAUGCUUUGAAAGAUGAGAUUUUAAGUACUAUAAGAAAUAACUCUAUUGUUAUUAUACAAGGUAGCACAGGAUGUGGUAAAACUACACAAGUAUGUCAAUUUAUUCUUGAUGAAUUUAUUACAAAUGGUCAAGGUGCACAUUGUAAUAUCAUAUGCACUCAACCUAGAAAAAUUUCAGCAAUCUCUGUAGCUGAUCGAGUAGCUUCUGAAAGAAUUGAAGAAGUUGGACAAAGUGUUGGUUAUAGUGUUCGAUUUGAUAGCAUAUUUCCUAGACUUUAUGGUGCAAUUUUAUUUUGUACAGUUGGAGUAUUACUGAGAAAACUUGAAGCUGGAAUGCGUGGUAUUUCACAUAUAAUUGUUGAUGAAAUACAUGAACGCGACGUGAAUAGUGAUUUUCUUAUGGUUGUACUGAAAGAUAUGGUUUUUAAUUAUCCUGAUUUAAGAGUUAUAUUUAUGUCUGCAACUAUAAAUACAAAUAUGUUUACUCAAUAUUUUAAUAAUUGUCCUGUUAUUAAUGUAGAAGGACGAUGUUUUCCCGUUAAAGAAUAUUUCUUAGAAGAUAUAGUAGAAGUUUUAAAUUAUCAGCCAAUACCUGAUAAUAGAAAACAUAAAACAAAAGAUAAAGACGAAGAAGGUAUUAUAGCUGGGCAAGAACAAGAAGAAAAUUGUAAUUUACUCGUCCAAGAUACUUAUUCUACGGAAGUUAGAACUAAAGUUGCAAUGUUGAAUGAAAAGGAUCUCGAUUUUGACAUAAUUGAACAAUUAUUAAUGUAUAUUGAAAAUGAAAUGAAUACACCAGGUGCAGUUUUAAUAUUUUUGCCAGGAUGGAAUUUAAUAUUUGCGUUAAAUAAAUAUUUAUCGCAAAAACCAUUUUUUGGAUCUGGAAAAUUUUGUAUUUUACCUCUUCACUCACAAAUACCAUGUGCAGAUCAGCGUAGAGUUUUUGCACCAGUUCCUUCUGGUGUGCGUAAGGUGAUUUUAUCAACUAAUAUAGCUGAAACAUCCAUUACAAUUAAUGAUGUAGUGUUUGUAAUAAAUUAUGGAAAAGCAAAGAUUAAAUUGUUCACAACGCACAAUAAUAUGACUCAUUAUGCUACUGUUUGGGCGUCAAAAACAAAUAUGCAACAAAGAAAAGGUCGAGCUGGACGAGUUAAACCUGGAUAUUGUUUUAAUUUGUACACAAAGGCUCGAUAUGAUAGAUUAGAUGAUCAUAUUACUCCAGAAAUAUUCCGUACUCCUUUGCAUGAAAUUGGUUUAUCUAUAAAAUUAUUACGUCUUGGAGACAUUGGACAAUUUCUUAGUAAAGCUAUUGAACCACCUCCAAUUGAUGCGGUUAUUGAAGCUCAAGUUAUGCUUAAAGAAAUGAAAUGCUUAGGGAGUAAUGAUGAACUCACUCCUCUUGGCUCUAUUUUAGCAAAAUUACCUAUUGAACCACAAUUUGGGCGUAUGAUGAUACUUGGGAAUGCUCUAUUGCUUGGUGAUUCCUUAUCAAUUAUAGCUGCUAUUUGCUCCAAUAUGUCUGAUAUUUUUGAAUUUGAUCAUAGAAUGACUCCAGCUCAAAGGGCACUAUCUGGCAACCGUUGUUCAGACCACCUUACUGUUCUUAAUGCUUUCCAACAAUGGGAUUCAUUAUUUCAACGUAAUAUUGAUACAACUGAAUAUUGUGAAAGAAAAAUGCUAUCUCAACCUUCAUUAGUCACUACUGCAGAUGUCAAAGUUCAGCUUAAAGAUCUAUUUGUUAAACUCGGAUUUCCUGAAGAAUGUUUUGAAAAACUGCGUUUUGAUUUUGGUAAAAGUGGUGUAUAUAUUGAACCGUUAUUAGAUGUUAUCUCUGCAAUUUUAACUAUGGCUUUUUAUCCUAAUGUUUGUUAUCAUAAAGAAAAAAGAAAAGUGUACACAACUGAAGGAAAACCUGCCCUGAUUCAUAAAUCUUCUGUUAAUUGUAAUAAUUUCACAUCUGGAUCUUUUCCAUCCCCCUUUUUUGUAUUUACUGAAAAAGUCCGUACAAGAGCUGUAUCUUGUAAACAGAUGACUAUGGUAACUCCAAUUCAUCUACUGUUAUUUGGAGCACGAAAAAUUGAUUAUACUAAUAAUUAUAUAUGUUUAGACAAUUGGAUAAAUUUGAAAAUGGAUCCUAGUUCAGCAUCAGCUAUUGUUGCAUUGCGGCCUGCUAUUGAAGGAUUAAUAAUUAAAAUUUCUGAAAAUCCAGAAUUCAUAUUGACUAUGAGUGACAUUGAUGUAAAACUAUUGAAUGUACUAAAAGAUUUAUGCAAUUUCAAUGCAGGAAGAUAUAAUAUUUCUCCCAUAACAUUUGAUAAAAAUGAAAGUUCCUUUAAUAAAAGACCAGCUAAUUAUAAUUUUAAUGAAGGACCUCCAAGUACAAGAAUGAGAUUUAAUGAAGAUAAUACGUUUUAUAAUUCAAAUAAUAACCGCGGUAGAGGAUCUUUUCGUGGUCAAAGAUUUUCAAGAGGUAAUCUCAGUCAAGGUUACUUUGGAAGAGGUCAAGGAUACAGAGGUUUUGGAGGAAAUAGAUUCAGUGGUCCUAGAUUUAGUGGAAAUUUUAGUGGAGGAAGAACUUUUUAAGCUUAUUUUUAUUUUAAUGAUGAAAAAAGUCAAACAGUGUUUCAGUUGUAUAAUUAACAAUUUUUUCUUAUUAACAGGUUACAAUAUACUAAAAUGUAUUAUUAAAAAAAAUCAACAUACUUUUUAUUGAAACAAAAAAAAUAACUAUUGCUAUUAUACCAUAACAUUUUAUAAGUCUUAAGUUUGGAUAAAUUGUACAAUUUUAUGUAAUUACUUUUUUUCAUUUUGUAAUGCUUUUUGUUCUUGUUGAUACCUAUGAAAAAUCAAUAAAUAUGUGUUAAGUUUCAUUA